CCUGACUGAUGUUGCUUGCUGCUUUGCAGUGCUGCUGAACAAAGUUGCUUCUCGUUCUUGUUUGUCCACCGUUUACCUAGGUACCUUCUUUGUGAUACUUUGUAGAACUGGAACCACAGAGUACUUACAGGAAUAAAGAUAGUAAGAAUCAGGUAUCCACACAAUGCCUGGUUUAGUUAUAUAGCAGGAAUAUUAUGGAAGAUAAAUAAGGACAUAAAAAGGUGCUCUUUCAAAUGACCAGAAAAUAGCCAUGUUUGUCUCACAAGAAAGUAACAGAAGAUUUAAAAAGCCAAAUAUACUCAGGAGAAAACCAAAAGCUCCAGCACUGGCAGAGACAUUAAAUGUGUCCAAUUCUAAUAGGUCAUCAAAUACAAGACCUGAUAUUACCAAUACAUUGUUAAGACCAACCAUUAAAAAUGACCUGCAAUUAGAGAAUAUAACUAAAUAUGACUAUGACGUAAGGCCUUUUCAAACAGGCCAUAAAGAAUCAGGACAAAGUCUUAAUAUUGAAAAUAGUCUUCUGUAUAGUGAGAUGGGGAGAAAUCAGGAGAUUGAGCUUAAACAACAUGGUGGUCAAGGUGUUAGUAGUGAGAGCAGCUUAUUAGUGUAUUAUACUGAAGAAAACCCUGUGCAAUCAUCUGUUAAUGUAGAAUCAUUCUUUAAUGAAACCCAGCCUAAAUACCACAAGCAGGCUGAGGUGCCUUCACAACAGUUCCUUGAUAAUCUGUCUGUAGGAUCAACAAAAUUUAAGUGUGAUGUGCCCAAUUGCAAUAAGGAGUUCAGGAGCGCACAGAAAUUGAAAAGGCAUAAAUACAUCCAUAACAAAGAUUUACGCUUGCCACGUCAAGUUACUUCAGAGUGUCCUGUAAAAAAAGUAAAUCCUGAUGGUACAGAACAGAGAUGCGGUCAAAUAUAUUUGAUUCGAGAGCAACUUGUGAAACAUUUGAAGGAAGAUCAUACUAUUGAUGAUGCCGCCUACAGAUGUGAUGAAUGCGGGCGUCAGUUUUUCUGGGCGUCGGGUCUGCGCGCACACUCGCGCUCGCACUCGCCCCGCGCGCGGCCCGCGGCGUCGCUGGUGUGCGGCUGGCAGGGCUGCGGCCGCGUGUUCUCGCAGCCCUGUCGUCUGCGAGAGCACGCGCGCGCGCACACCGGCGACAGACCUUAUCCCUGCACCUUCCCCAACUGCGGGUCGUCGUUCCGGUCGGCGAGCAAGCUGGAGCGACACGCGCGGCGCCACACAGGACUGCGACGACACGCGUGCGCGCGCUGCGGCCGCGCCUUCCUGCGCCGCGAGCAUCUGCGCGACCACUGCGCGCGCCACCACCGUCCUCGUCCGCCGCCGCCGCCACCGCCGCCACCGCCGCUCUGCUGUCUCCACUCUGAAUGCAAGGAGCUGUUCGAAGAUGCGGACGCCCUGCAGGAACAUAUAAACAAGGAACACUCAAAUGGAGAAAACUCUCCCGUACACCAACCCAACCCAGCGGACAAUUUGGACUACAUAUUUUUGGCCGUAGAAGACACAGAAGCGGUGACCGAGGAACCACAGAUGGAGAAAUCGUGCGUGGAACUAGAGGAGGCGUCCGAGUCGCAGGAGAGUCGCGCUGCGCGUACGCAUUGUCCGUGGCCGAUGGCCGUGCGGCUGCGGGACCUCACGGCCGAGGAGCAGGGCGACGGCUCCGAGAGCAACAUUUACACCGUCCGGAGUGAUCUCUUCCUGCACGGAAACGUAUUGAUAAACGAGGACAGUGUACAAAUGGGCGGAGCAGUAGAGAGCACCGAGCCUACGACUGAAACUAGUAACGACGAACUCGGAUUAGGAUUGCUCGAGCACCCACACAUCGACUUAUUGCAGGAAGAGAUGAUGUUUACCGUCUGGCCAUAACUGUCUUGGGCGAGAACCAUGGAGAUAAACAGUCAUCUUAAGCAAUUAGUCAUAAAUAAGUGUUCAAUAUUCAUCCUGAAAAAAACUAAAUGCAGUUGCGACGAUAUCAAUAGUAGUAUUAAGUAUGUUAUCCAUUUUACUUUACUCACUCAUAAAGCUUAGGCCUUAUAUUUGGUUUUUAUGCUUUUGCAAUCAUUUUGUUGCGAAAAACAAAAAUAUAACUGGUUUCUCGACGUCACCUGCAGUUUGUUAAUAGGUACCGAUUUCUUACACAUAUUUACAACCUUUUUUUGAGAUAUUUGAAACAAUUACUAAAAAACAUAGAUUAUAUUAAUACAUAAAUCACAUUAUACAUAUUUUAAUCAAAUGUAGUGGAAUUAUUAUUAAUGUUUGCGAGUAUAGAAAAAUCUCAUCACAAAAUGUAGGAGUAAUGUUUAUACGUGGUUGUUGUAUUGACGUAUAGUUUAUUACGAAAGGCACUGAAGUUACAAGACUUCAAAUAGGUAAAAAACUGCAAUUUACGAAUUACGUUGAACAACGGUACAAAUAUUUGUGUGUAUGUGUCAAAAUUUGUGAAUUUCUUACGGUGCAAUACUUUAUCUUUCGAAUGAAAGAGCAAUUCGUCACAUCGGUGACUGCACAUUGGCUUCCAAAAAUUGUGAAUUUGUUAUCAUUUUUCGUAUGUUUCGAAUUGUAAGAAAUAAAAGUACUAUUUGAAAAACUAACCUAAGAACGUGCUUUUUUAGCACGUGUGCAUGUAUUAGGUUGAACAUUAUAACAAGACUUUAACACCAAAGUUUAGUAACGAGUAAACUAGCACCGUAUCCAAAAGAAUUUAAGUUAAAACUGAAUGCUUGUUAUGACUACUGUCUGGAUUACACUUUGCCUGUACACCCUGAAGUACCUAAUCAACUUUUGUAUUUUAACCUCUAAGUGUAAGUUAAGUUUGUGAUCUUUAGCUUAUAGUAUAUUCAAGUAGUUUUCUUGACACAAAUCCUUUACACUCAUAUAUUUUUAACUUAUUCCCAAAUGUGCCUAAAGUAAACAACUUUCCUUAGCCUAGUUAGUGAAUUUAUGUAUAUGUAUUUUACUAAAAUAUUUCUACAAACAUUAUUUUUAUCCUUGGGGAGAAUUUAAAUUCUAAAUUUACAAUACUUGGCUUUUGAGUUAAUUUACAUUAGUCAGGCUUUACUUUAUAUAAUUUGGAGUAUCUCGGGAUAUAAACUUUGGGAUUCGGUUACAGUGGUUGUUAAAAAAAAUCACUUUGUUUUUAUAGAAAAUAUUUAAUGAUUUCCUAUUUCAUAUUUGUGCUAGUAUAGAUAAAAAUAAAUGUAUUAGCUAUUUGAUAUAAAACAUAUUGAAUCAGAAGUUCAAAAAGUCGUCCUCUCUAACGGGAUUCCAGGAGUUUUACUUUUUAUAUUUCGAGUCACUACACUAAUAUUUGACAAUUAUUUUGUUCCUUUGCAUGUUACCGUAUUAUACAACUGAUAUCGAUGGUCCAUGUAUUUAAGUGCUCCUGUUAGUAUCCUAAUAUAUUAUACUUUUAUCUGUCCUAGGCUUAUUGAGACGCUUUAGCGUUUAAGUGUUGUAUGUGUAACAAAUUACAAAUAAUAGUAUAAUUAAUGCUGUAUAGUGUUGUAUGUGUAAGUUUAGCGUUUCGUGGAUGCAUAUUACAAAUAUUGAAUACUAUGGGUUAUCGCUCACCGCGGUUUUAAUGACAGUUGGGAAUAGUGAUAACAAAUACAAAAUAUAAUAUUCGUCCACGAAUCGCAGUAGGUCGUUGGUCGGUUAGUAAGCGGUGAUACCAUCACUAAUAGCUUUGAGCUACGUAUUGAUGUUUCACUUCAUGAAGUACUGUCCAACAAGAUUGCAUUGAAUAAGUUAUUGCCUAUAUUUAUUAAACAACUUGUGAAUCAGACUUCGUGAGAUGAAAUGUCUAUACAACGUCGAUGGUAUCAUGGAAUUGAUCUCUGGAAAUGCCUUUUUAACUUAGGACUAUUGAAUUGACAUUGUAGCAUAAUUUCCCAUGAUUGUGAUAUCAUACUUAUAACAAAUGUACAAUGGAAAUUCCCAUGUUGUAAGUUAGGCUGACUAGUUAUAUAUGUAUGUUAAGGGAGGUUGGUUAUGUGUUUGCUUUUACACGGGACAUGUAUCUCAUCUAUAUCUUACAAACUGAUAAAAGCAUUGAUUUCUAUGAUAAACAAUAUUAUAAUGCUGAAAUUUAAACUCAUUUUUGGAACAUGUCCAUUUGAAAAAGAGGAUAAAUAAUUUAGUAUUAGUAAUUUGUGGAAUUUAAGUAAAUACCAAUGAGGGUUUUUCAUUAUAGCAUAUCUGGAUGAUUUAAAAAGGGCUGAAAAUGACGAUGCUAUUAAAGUGAAUCGCAACAAUGUAGAACGUUAGGUAGAAUUAGGUAUCUGUUUCUAAUUCAAAUUUGGUGUUCGCUCGGAUAGCUAACACAAGCGUAAUAUGGAGAUAGUAAGAUUUGAAACCCUCAUUGAAAGCCAACGUCGGGAUCUCAGCGAGUGUCUCGGACUGCGAGGAGAGUGAUUGUUAGACCUGAAUCUAGUUUAAUAUUUAGCUCUAUGUACAUAAGAUAUAUAUUUUUGGAUAUACAAAGUAAUUGUAAGGUCGCUUAUUUUUUGAGAGUUGUCCAAAAUAUAAUCAUGAUAUCGUUUGUUAAAUUAUAAUAUACCUAAUGGUAGAUGUAUUUCAAAAUUAUUUUUAUAAAUGAGUUUUAUUUUGGUUGUUGCUAUUUGUUUUGUUUAAUACUUUCGGAUUAAGAGGACGUUAACGUACGUGUCGGCUCGAGGCAGACGCAAUAAGUCAUACUUUAAAUAAUCACAUAUCAUAAUUAUUAUUUAGUUUGUUAUUAAUCAUACUGUAAUAGGUUGCUUUGUGUUUGAAUACAUUAAAAGGUGAAAUAAAUGUUGUAUAACCACA